AUGAAUGAGCUUUAUGAAAAGUCAGACGACAUUGAAGCAGCUAGUGAAAAACAUCAGUCCGCUUUGAAAAAUGUGCAGCGAGAUUUUGAAAGCAAAAGACACCAAUUGGAAGAAUUAAAAAACAUUCAGAAGACUCGACUUAGAAAGCUUCAGCGUGAUUACCCUGAUACAGUAAAACUGCAUGAAUAUAUCGACGAGAAUAAGGAUCAAUUUGAAGGGCGCGUCUAUGGCCCAGUCGUUUUGAUGAUGAAUCUGAAAGAUGCUCGUUAUGCAGCUUUAGUAGAACAAGCCAUGGGCGGUCCUCGAUCUUUUAUUUUCAGAGCUUUUAUCUGUGAAAAGCAAUCCGAUUAUAAAAAGCUAACAGCUUAUGCCAUCGAUAAACAGCAGUGGAAAGUCCGUAUUCAAUGGUCACCGACCAAUGAAGGUGAUUCAAGGACCCCAAUCUCGACAGAGGAACUUCGUUCUAGGUUUAAAUUGGAUUACUUUGUCAGUGAUCUUAUUGAAUGCCCUACUAUUGUUCAUCGUGCGUUAUGUCAGGACUCAAAUAUCAACCUAAUUCCUGUUGCACUUCAAGGUGUUAACCCAGCACAGAUUGCUAGCUCGGGCAUCUUCCGAAAAUUCGUCGUUGGGCAAACUUUCUAUAACGUCAAAACAAGUAAUUAUGGUAAACGUUCUAAGCAGAUCACGACUAGUGCUAUUAGAAAUGAGUACUGGUUAGGAGAAUCAAUUGAUUUGGAUGCUAAAAACGCCUUGUUGGAGAGUUUGAAGCAACUACAAAGCAAUAAGCACGAUUUAGACGUUCAACUGGAGAAAUUAGGCUCAAAGCUCGAUCAAAUAAAGCGAGAACUCGAGCAGAAAAAGGACGAAAAGAAAGUCCUUCAAAACGAAAAAAGAGAAAUCCAAAUCGCUGAACAGCGCUAUAAUAAGAAUCGAGAUAGAUUGGUUAGGCUCAAACACGACUUGGAAGAACUUAGGCAAAAGCCCGAAGAGGAUAAACGUAAAAUCGAUGAACUAGAACGGGAGAUCAAACAAAUGAAUGAACAUGAAGAGUCUUUGUUAGCUGAAUGCGAAGAAUGCUUGGGAAAAGUCAUUGAUUAUCAUAAAACUAUGAUUCUUGCUUCUAUAAACUACCUUCAUUGUAGUACCAAACAUACCUCUGUAAAACAGUUUGCAAAGCAGCAUUCAAAAGACCUUGAGGCUGCUGAGCGAGAGAUGAAUAAUAUUAAAGUACAUUAUGCGAAUGCAAAUAAUGACGUCAAACGCCACAUGCAACAUUGUAGAGAUGCUGGUCAAGGCCUUCCUGACGAACUUACGGAGAAAUGGAAAGAAAUUGUUCAGAUAUGGAAAGCUGAAGGUCUGCCUAUCACACUUGAAGAUUUAGAGAAUAAAAUAGCUGUACAACAAGGCAAGAAAGAUGGUAUGCGAUUUGCUAAUCCUCAUGCUAUGGAGCAUUACGAAGAGAGGAAGAAAGAGAUUCAACGACUUGAAGAAAAGAUUGAUAAAAAUAAACAAGUUUUGGACGAGUUAAAAGCCAAAAUCGAUGGAUUGAAGAAUCAAUGGGCACCUAUGAUCCAUUCACUUGUAGAAAGAAUCAACGAAAAGUUUACAGCUGCAUUUCAGCGCAUUCGAUGUGUUGGUGCUGUCAGUGUUGCAGAGGAUCCCGAUUUUGAUAAAUGGGGUAUCAACAUUCACGUUAAAUUCCGUGAAAACGAAAAGCUUCAAUUAUUGACGGGCCAACGGCAAUCUGGUGGUGAACGCUCUGUUACUACUAUCCUUUAUUUAAUGUCUCUACAAGAUCUCGCAAAAUCACCUUUCCGCGUUGUCGAUGAAAUCAAUCAAGGUAUGGAUCCUAGAAAUGAGCGCAUGAUUCACGAACAAAUUGUGAAAGGCGCAAGUAGACCUGGUACAUCACAAUACUUCUUAAUUACACCAAAACUUUUACCAGAUUUGUAUUACAAUGAGCGAAUGCGUGUAUUAUGUAUAUACAACGGCGAAUGGCUACCAGACAAAAUGAAGCCUUUAUCUCAUUACCUGGAAAAUGCUCGCCAGAUUGCUCAGGCCUAG